GCUAAGGAAACAGGGAGACUAUGAGAAAGCGCAGCUGCUCCAUUCAACCACAUGGUUCCUCAACCGCACAGACAAGCUGCGCUGCAGACAGCCAGGUUCACAUAAGGGACUUGCACUGCUGUUUCCCACAGCGGCGCGUUUCGAGUCUUGCAGGGCGAGUUUUCAGCCGCACAGGCAGUUGAAAGUUGCCGUUGAAUAGAUUCGGGAUUUAUUUUUUUUAUUUCCGUGAAGCGCACUGGUAAAAGUUGAGAGACCAGGUGUCUGUAAAACGGGCUGAACUGAAAAGAGACAGAGAAGAGACUUGGAUGAACUUUUUUUUUUAGAUCUGUGUCCAUCAGUGAUCUCGCUCAAAGCGCCUGAAAUCAGAACAAGUGAGGAGUAAGCCUACAAGUCGUUUUUGCGCACUUGAACUUUGUGAAAGCCCUGCACUGAACAGAGUGUUUCCAGACACUUGGAGGAAAGGAUGGUGCAGCACAUGAGCCAGACAGAGAGCGCCCACGCUCACUCCCCCGGCGGGGACUCCACGGACACAGGAGAAAUGGACUUGGAGAUGGAUGCGUCUCCGACCCCCGAGUCUCCCUCCUCCGGGGUGCGGAGCGACUUGGCGUGGUGCAAGACUCCGACAGGGCACAUCAAGAGACCCAUGAACGCGUUCAUGGUCUGGUCACAGAUCGAGAGGAGGAAGAUCAUGGAGCAGUCGCCGGACAUGCACAACGCGGAGAUCUCCAAGAGGCUGGGGAAGCGCUGGAAGCUGCUGAAAGACACAGACAAGAUCCCGUUCAUCCGCGAGGCGGAGCGCCUCAGACUCAAACACAUGGCCGACUACCCAGACUACAAGUACCGGCCCAGAAAGAAGGUCAAGUCGGGAAGCGGAGCGAGUAAGCAGGCGGACCGCGGGGAGAAGAGCGGGGAGCGCAGCGCCAAAGCCGGUGUGAAAAGAAGCCCCGCGUCCAAAGGAGUGAGCAGGACGCACAAACAGGGCAGCACGAAGAGCGCUGCGGGGCAGGACUAUGCGUCUCCCGGUGACCACCAGGCGCUCUUCAAAUCCAGGUCAGUGUCUGGGGCUCGGCAGAUCCCGGAGAAGCGCACCGGAGAGGCGAGGCGCGGCCACAUGUUCGGCGGGGCAGGCAGCCUGGAGAGCGGGCCUCCCUCCGUGGGAGUCCCGGCCAGUCCCACCCUGAGCAGCUCGGCGGAGUCCAGCGACCCGCUCAGCCUGUACGAGGAGCAGAGCCCUGCGGCCAGCGAGUCAUCACACACCGCGCGCCUCAGGUACGCUCGCGCCUCCUCCCCAACACCGUCAGCCUCUCAUUCUUCCUCAUCAGUGUCAUCCUCAUCAUCGGACGAAGAGUUUGAAGACGAGCGGCUCGACCUGAACUCGAGCCCCGGGUUUGAGAGCAUGUCUCUGGGCGGCAUGGGCUUCUCCGACGCGGAGCUGGACCGGGACUUGGACUGGAGCUUCGGGGAGUGCGGGGCGGGAUCUCACUUCGACUUCCCCGACUACUGCACCCCGGAGGUCAGCGAAAUGAUCUCAGGAGACUGGCUGGAGUCCACCAUCUCCAACCUGGUGUUCACCUACUGAAAGGACCACGGUGGAGAGGAACCGCGACGUCCCCCCACGUUUUGAACUCUUCAGCCCCCCCAGACCGGCGUGUGAGUCCAGACCAGAAUAUUUCCGCCAUUCUUUCACUAAAUAAGGGAGAGUGAAGACAGGAAAGAAAAAGGUGGCCUGUGUGCGCGUUGAAGCCCAGGUACGCGCAGCUCACAGACUUGGACAGCGCUCGGUGCGCUUGACGGGAACGCGCAGACGGGGGAAAUGCUUAGUUUGCAUUUGGACACAGAGGAGGAGUGAAUGUAAGCAGAGAGCAGUGAAACACACGGACUUCAGCUCAAAUGUUCAACCCAAUCCGCCGAGGAUGAGGACUGAGACCGAACUCUGAAUCUUAAUGUUAUUUUGGGUCGGGAAAAGGGACACUUACUGGAGAGCUCGUCAUGUUGGGUUUUGUUUAAGAUACAGCCAAUUCACAUUGACCAUCAAGUUGCUAUUCAGGUGUAGUUUUUUUCCAAACUCGAAGUAGUUUCAAUAUCAACACGCAUGCCCUCCGAGAUAAGGAGGAUUUUGUUGUGGUUAAAUGCGUAAAAAUUGUUCAUUGCUGCGUAAUUACGCAAUUUGUGUGACCAUAGGACACAAUUCACUAUCACCAGCUUCUCUUUCAACGGCAGGACUUAAAAACAAAGACUGACUCGAAACUUCAGAAACCCUUUUCUGAACCUUUUUAAACACUCAGUGCACAAUUCAGGACCAAUGUUCCCCGACGCGCAUCCUUUCUGCCUAGUGCUUCAACUUUGUAGUUCCUCUGUGUCAGAUGACGUUUUUUUAUAUUGAUGUAUUUAUACCGGCCAAACUUUUUUAUACAUAGAAGUAUUGUUCUCGUACAGGUCUCAUUUGUGUUUGUGCACAUACACCUGUCUGUAUCCUGCGCGGAAGGGCUAGAAGUGUAUCUUAUUUAAAAAUGUCUGACUUCUCUCACUUUUAAGGAGAUUUGAGUGUGUCAUGAUUUUCUACUUGUAUUUUUGUACAAAAUCUAUAGAAAGGGGGUUUUUCCGGCGAGUGGGUAGCCUACAACAUUGUUGUUUGGGUCUACAUUGGUGUUUAGACGUGCAGAGGGGGGUUUGUUUGGCACAAUCUGACCUCACACAGUGUUUACAGUAUUUACCCACAUGCUUCUUAAUGGCACAGUGACUCCAGUUUCACCAGCCAAGUAAACAAAGCGCCACUGAGGCUCCCAGCCUGAGUGGUGACUGUGUUUCCAGUACUACACAUAGACCUAAAGUAUAUGAGUGAAAGAUCCCAGAGAGUCACUGUUUGGAUAGAGCUAAUACCUCUGUGUGCUUUUUAUCAAGAUAAGUUUUAUUUGAACCACUGGAUGGAAUUUCACACUCAUUCCACUUUGCCUAGACUUCGGAGGGAGGGAGAUGUAUGAAGUGCUUCAUCUGUUAUUGCGCAAAUUGCAUCAAAAAAUAGUAUUUAACCUUUCUGUACCUGUUGGCUAAGUAUAGCAGGCUAAUUGUUUUCCUAUAUUAUGGCAUGGCAAAUAGCAUUUGUAUUUCAGAUUCAGGUAUAUGUAGCUAUAGCUGUUGUGUUUAAGAUUUUUAAAAGAAUAAUAACAUGAAGAUAUUUAUGUAAACUGACUGUACUAUAAGCAAAGAUUGUGUGUUUUAUGUAUGAUGAUGAUCAACGACAGGCACUAGGACAGCCAUCUUUGGACAUCCUUAUGUUGAAGAUGAUUGUGGUCCAGGAGUUUAUUUUUUGUUUUUUGGGGUUUUUUUUACCUUCAAAACAUCUUUUCUAUUGUCCUUUUUCUUUUUUCAUUUGUGCAAUAUGCUGUGUAUGAUCAUGUUUUGUCCAAUCAUGCCAAUAUCAUUUGAUGUUUAUUGCUCAAAACCAGCCAAUGUUUGGGUCAAUCACUGCCUCUCAGACCUCUGUACAGAUUGUCGUUUUUUUAUUUGUUUUUCUUUUCUUCCGAGAAGGAAAUAAAAUCAGCUGGAACUGAAAA